AUGUCCUCUCCAGAGCAUGAAGUCUGGAGCUCGCUUUGUCUUCUCUUGUUAGCUUUGCAGUUAGCUGGAGCGGGUCUUGAACUCCCCAAGGGCUCGUGUGCCUUUGAAGACAGCACUUGCGGGUAUGAAUCAGACCUCGCAUCUCUGCCAUGGAUUUUGAACCGGGAAGGUCAUUACAUUUUUGUGGACACCUCACAGGGUACAAAUGGUGACAUAGCUGUGUUGUUUAGUCCUGAACUCUAUAUGGAAGAAUGGAGCUGCAUUAGACUUAUAUAUCAGAUUGCAAGAUCUUCAGAGUCAUCCCUACCUACUACUGCCUUAAAUGUGUACCUAAGAAUAGAAGGAGAAAGUUUUGAUCAUUUGCUUUGGACAACUACAGAGCGCUCAGAAAGCUGGCUCAUAGCAAGUCUAGAUCUAAGAAACAGUACUGACAAAUACAGGAUUGUAUUAGAAGGUGUAUUGGGAAGAGAUAUUUCUUCCAGCAUAGCAAUUUUUGAAAUUAAAAUUACUACUGGAUACUGUAUAGAAUGCAAUUUUGAAGAAAAUCAUUUGUGUGGUUUUAUGAACCGCUGGAACCCCAAUGUGAACUGGUUUGUUGGAGGAGGAAAUAUUGGAAAUUCACAAUCCAUCCUUCCAAGGGAUCACACUCUUAACAAUGAAUUUGGUCACUACAUGUAUGUGGAUUCUCUGUAUGUCAAGCAUUUCCAGGAAGUGGCUCAGCUUGUCUCACCUAGGACUACAACCCCUAUGUCAGGCUGUUUGUCCUUUUACUACAUCGUCCAGCAGCAAAAUGGCAUUGUUUUCACCAUCUACAUGAAAGACAUAAACGGCUUUUAUGAAGAGCUUUGGAAAGCAGCCAGUCCUAUGAGUAACAAUUGGAUUUUAGGAGAAGUGGAUUUCAGCGCACCAUAUCCAAUGGAGGUCAUUUUUGAAGUAGCUUUCAACAGUGCCAGUGGGGGAUAUAUUGCUCUUGAUGACAUUUCUUUCUCUCCUGUUUUCUGCACCAGUCAGACAGAAAUUUCCUUCAAUCCCACAGAGGUUAGUUGCAGCUUUGAGGAAGAUCUAUGUAAUUUUUACCAGGAUCAUAAGGAUGGCCCAGGUUGGAGCAGGGUGAAAGUAAAACCGAAUGCGUACAGACCAGGAGAUCAUACUACUGGCAUGGGUUACUACUUGAUGGCAAACACAAAAUUUACAUCACAGCCUGGGUAUAUUGGCCGUUUAUAUAGUCCCACUUUGCCAGGAAAUUUACAGUAUUGUCUGAGGUUUUAUUAUGCCAUUUAUGGCUUUUUCAAAAUGAGGGAUACCUUGGCUGUUUACAUCUUUGAAGAGAACCAUGUAGUUCAAGAAAAAAUUUGGUCUGUCUCGGAAACUCCCAGAGGAGUCUGGAUUCAAGCUGAAAUCACCUUCAGAAAGCCCAUGCCUUGCAAG